AGCGGCAGGAGCGGGACUGCGAACCCGCCAAGGCGACCGUGCAAGACCCGACCCCCGGUUUCCUCUAGGCCGAGGCAGCGGUGGCCUGAUGACACCCACCGUCCCCCGGUCAGUCCGCGCGGAGGAGCUGAAGCGUGGAUGGAACGUGACGCUGCACCGUCAGGCCAUGUAAGAUGCAGCCAUGGACGGCAGAAAAUCCGAACGCUGCCCGACCCUGUGGAGACGACGGACGCAGAGGAAGCCAUCAAAAUAUCAACAUACCUGAUGCGGUGCUAAUGAAUUCAACAGCUCUGACACGGUCCACAGCUGCAGAGUACCAAGGUGGAGAGGAGCUGGUGCAGCAGUCCCCCAUGUGAAGCUGCAUGAGGAAACCCAAAGGGCACGUUCUCUGGAUCACGUUGCUGAGUAGGCGUGCUCGAUCGGUGCCUGUGACACAGGGCUGAGUGAGUCAACUGACAGAGCUGGAAGCACUGACCGCGGACGCAGCUAUGUAAGAAGACAUCUGUCCAGCUCAGAGGUCCAGACAAUCAACACGCUGCUGUGAUUCAUGCCACAUAUGUGGGCCCUCGGGGGGGCAUGGUGGUUACCCAGCAGUUGAUGUAUACGUGAGAGUUUUCUCAGCGUUGGGCAGACUCCCGCGGGACAACAAACAUCUUUUCCACUUUUUGAUUUCAAACAAACAAGCAAAGGAAAUAAGCCGGAAAACAGACGCUGUUAUAAUGUUCGCCAUGCCUCGGAACCGGGCCUUCUCCGAACCAGAGUACUCGGCGGAGUACUCGGCGGACUGCUCCGUGACCCUGCCGUCCGACGCCGGGCAGGCAGUGGGACGAACACAUGAGGUCACGGUCCGGAACUCAGGAUGCUGCCUCUGUCUGCCGCGGUUCAUGCGCCUCACCUUCACACCGGAGUCCUUGGAGAACCUGUACCAGACCUACUUCAGGCGGCAGAGACACGAGACCCUGCUCGUGCUCGUGGUGUUCGCGGCCCUCUUCGACAGCUACAUCAUCGUCAUGUGCGCGGUGGUCUACACCACUGACAAGCUGGCUUCUGUUCUUGUGGCAUCAGUGGGACUGGCAGCAGAUAUCAUCCUCUACCUGCUGUGCCGCUUCAGCCUGCUGCCAGACCGCAUCUCCAGGCGGGUGGUGCCCUACGCCCUGUGGGUGCUCAUAGCAGCUCAGAUAUUCUGCUAUCUGGGUUUAAACUAUGCCCGCUUCCACCAGGCCAGCGACACCGUGGGCUGGCAGGCUUUCUUCAGCUUCUCCUUCUUCCUGACUCUGCCUCUGAGGCUGACGCCCAUCGUGCUCAUCACCUCUGUAUCCUGCGGGGUCCACACUCUCGUCCUGGGCGUCACCAUUGCCCAGCAGCAGCAGGAGAACAUCCAGGCGGCAGCACUGGGCAGACAGCUGCUGGCCAACAUUGUGAUCUAUGUUUGUGCCAUCACUGUGGGUGUCAUGUCGUACUACAUGGCUGACCGGAAGCAUCGGAAGGCCUUUCUGGAGGCAAGACAGUCACUGGAGGUCAAGCUCAAUUUGGAGGAGCAGAGCCAACAACAGGAACGCCUGCUGCUUUCCAUCCUCCCAAAGCACAUAGCUGACGAGAUGCUUCAGGACAUGAAGAAGGAGCCCAGUCAGAAAGAGAUGCAGCAGUUCAACACUAUGUACAUGUACAGACAUGAAAAUGUCAGUAUCCUGUUUGCAGACAUCGUGGGCUUCACCCAGCUGUCGUCGUCCUGCAGCGCUCAGGAGCUGGUCAAACUGCUCAAUGAGCUCUUUGCACGCUUUGACAAACUGGCAGCGAAAUAUCACCAGCUGCGGAUCAAGAUCCUGGGAGACUGCUACUACUGUAUCUGUGGACUGCCAGACUACAGGGAGGACCACGCUGCCUGCUCCAUCAUGAUGGGCCUGGCCAUGGUGGAGGCCAUCUCGUAUGUCCGAGAGAAAACCCAGACAGAUGUUGACAUGCGGGUUGGCUUGCACAGUGGCACGGUCUUGGGAGGGGUGCUGGGUCAGAAGCGCUGGCAGUACGACGUCUGGUCCACAGAUGUCACUGUGGCCAACAAAAUGGAGGCAGGAGGGAUACCUGGUCGUGUCCACAUCUCACAGAGCACCAUGGAGUGUCUUCACGGGGAGUUUGAUGUGGAGCCAGGGAACGGAGGGGACCGCUGCGAUUACCUGAGGGAGAAGGGCAUCGAGACCUACUUGGUGGUUCUUCCUAAAGGACCUGUGGGAAAGAGUGGCAUCAAUGGUGUCAAGCUGUCUGUGACCUCCUCCAAUGGAAACUCGCCGCUGUUAAUCAACACCACAGAGUGUAACGGCAAUGCUAACACGGCCUGCACCACCCCGGAGGAACCAGAAGAGCUGGACGCAAGGGUGGUGAAUCCGUCUUUCCCAAACCCACGGAGAAGGCUGCGGCUGCGGGACCUGGCUGAGAGGGUCAUCGAUGCUCAGGAGAAUGAACAGGAGCUCAAUAAACUCCUCAACGAGGCCCUGCUGGAGAGGGAGACCGUGCAGGCUUUGAAGGGGAAGCACACCAACCGGCUCUCCCUGAGGUUUGUGGAUCCAGACCUGGAGACUCGCUACUCUGUGGAGAAGGAGAAACAGAGCGGAGCUGCCUUCUGCUGCUCCUGUGUGGUGCUACUCUUCACUGCGGGCAUGGAGGCCCUCAUAGACCCCUGGCUCAUUGCAAACUACAUAACCUUUGCAGUGGGAGAGGUCCUGCUGCUCAUCCUGACAAUCUGCUCUCUGGCUGCCAUCUUCCCGAGAGUCUUUCCCAACAAGCUGGUGUCUUUUUCCACCUGGAUUGACCACACCCGCUGGGCUCGCAACACCUGGGCUAUGGCCGCCAUCUUUAUCCUGUCCAUGGCAGACAUCGUGGACAUGCUGAGUUGUCUGCCUCGAGUCCCAGACUCAGGCGGCACCACCAUGGCUCCCUCCUCCUCCUCCCCUUCCUCCUCCUCCACUUGGUCUGGGCCUCAUGGAUGCCUGGAUAACCCCAAAUAUUACAGCUACAUUGCUGUGCUGGCACUGAUGGCUACCACCAUGCUGGUUCAGGUCAGUCACAUGGUCAAGCUCACACUGAUGCUGCUCAUCACUGUGUCCACUGGCAUCGUGAACAUCUACAGCUGGAGGGACAUCUUCGACCGCUACGACACGGCCCGCUUCCAGGACUACAGGUCAUACCUGGUGCCUUCCAAGUUCACAAUGACAACUAUGAUCUUCAUUAUGAUGGUCAGCUUCUAUUAUUUCUCCAGACAUGUUGAGAAGCUUGCCCGCACCUUAUUCCUGUGGAAGAUUGAGGUCCAUGAGCAGAAGGAGAAGGUAUACGAGAUGAGGCGCUGGAAUGAAGCACUGGUGACUAACAUGCUGCCUGAACACGUGGCUCGACACUUCCUGGGCUCCAAGAAAAGGGACGAGGAGUUGUACAGCCAGUCCUACGACGAGAUUGGAGUCAUGUUUGCCUCAAUCCCCAACUUCUCUGACUUCUACACAGAGGAGAGCAUCAACAAUGGAGGGAUUGAAUGCUUACGCUUCCUCAACGAGAUCAUCUCAGAUUUUGACAGUCUGCUGGAUGAAGCUCAAUUCCGCUGCAUUACCAAAAUCAAGACCAUCGGCAGCACCUACAUGGCAGCAUCAGGCGUCACCCCGGAUGUCAGCAAUGGCUACACUUGCAUGAAGAAGGAGGAGCAGUCUGACAGAGAGCGCUGGCAGCACCUGGCAGACCUGGCUGACUUCGCUCUGGCCAUGAAGGUCACACUCAUGAACAUCAACUACCAGUCAUUCAACAACUUCAUGCUACGCAUCGGUCUGAACAAGGGUGGAGUGCUAGCAGGAGUGAUUGGUGCCCGCAAACCCCACUAUGAUAUCUGGGGCAACACUGUGAAUGUGGCCAGUCGCAUGGAGUCCACAGGGGUGAUGGGAAACAUCCAGGUGGUGGAGGACUGCUACAACAUCUUGAAGGAGUACGGCUUCCGCUUUGUGAGGAGGGGGCCCAUCUUUGUGAAGGGAAAAGGGGAGUUGCUCACUUAUUUUCUGAAAGGAAGAGACAAACAAGGCUCAUUUAUCAACGGCUCCUCUGUCACUCUGCCACACCAGGUGGUGGACAGCUAAGGACCACACUCACACACAGCACAUACUUGGCAGCCAUCCACCGUGUGGUUAAUGCAGAGAGGUGCCAGAGGACUUGGCCUGACCUGAACUUCUGUUUACAGCUUAAAUUUAAAUACUACUCACUCACACACACAAACACACACACACACACACACACACACACACACACACCAGUCAUUAUUGAACACAUACAUGAUCACCGUCAGUGGAAAGAUAAAUGUGCCAGUAGAGAUUGUAUUUUAAUUUACAUGUCAUGCUCAAGUUGAACCACAGAAGACCCGUUACGGAUCAUUUGAAAGAAUGAACUGAAAAGAAAUCACAUUAAAAGAUAGGAGCACCAGCUGUAAAGAUCCAGAUAUGAUAUAAGAUUAAACGGAUACAACUGAAAAAGUAUAUAAAGUGACCACUGAGGAUAGGCUGAUUCAAUUGUCCUCAAAAAGUAAAAACAAGCACCUUUACAGAAAUAAAACCUGGAUUUCUGAUCGAUUGUGAUACUACAGAUAGACCUAAUGAAAUGGCUUCAGUUAAUGUGGAGUAAGUUGGAAGCCUGUAGCAUAUUUUCACAUUCUGCUGUGAUCAGCUUCUCCAACACUCUAGACCCCGCUGAGUGUUUCCUCUCAAUUCAAAGCAAACGUCUGUCCUGAGUGUUAUGAUCACUGGUUGACAGCUCAGUCCCGGUGUUAGCUAACCCGAGUCUCAUUUAGAACCAAGAUCCAAACUCUCAAACAUAUUCUCACUCCUUUGUAAACAAGCUCUGUCCCACGACAGCUUCAUAAUUAAUCUAAAGUAUUUUUACAUUUCUCAGUGUUCUCCAUACAUUGAUUUAUUUGUGACCAGAUCUUGAUUUUCUCCUUAGUUUAUUUUCUUCAAAUGGGUUAAAUCGUAUUCCAUGUAAAGCUCUAUUCUGUUUUGUCAGCCUUUCUAAAAACAUAAUUUGAUAGUGAGAAAGGUUCAGACACAAGUGGAGACGCACUCUAAUGCCAGGUGUGAACUGACAAACAUGGAGCUGUCAACUUGUGAUUGGAUAACUUGAGACACAUGUAUACCGGAACCAAUUCCUGUAGGAACAGGGCCCAGUCACACACACACACACACACACACACACAUAGAUGACGCCUUCUGCUUUCAACUGUGACACAGAUGCCAUUUUCUAAAUAGGAUUUUUUGUGAAACGUUAACACGACUUCUUAUCUUACAAGGUACUUGUGGAAUUUUUUCCUGUGUUUUAUUCACAACAUUUCAACAUAAGGCCUAAUUUGAAAUUCUGUAAUUUAAAUUACAAUGAUGGGCUUUAUCACUUUCCAUAAAUUCCUCUGAGACAAACAGAGGCCCAACAAUCUAAAUUCACGACAUCAUUACACAUUUGUGAACUACUUAGGGAUACGUGACAGACAGAUGUGAGUUCUGAUGGUCUGUCUGUGAUGAGGAGGAGGAUUUUUAAGUGGAGGGUGUGCAUAUACCGAGUGAUCUCUCUCCUGCUGCUGCAUCGUUGUGGAAAUCGUGCGCGUUAGAGUGUGUGCAUGGAUAUUAUUCCACGGUGGGGGUUCAGAUCUGUGAGUAUUGUGAGACGAUUGUGUGCCUUGAAGUUGUGUAACAUGAAAGACAGCAUAUGUAAAUGGCCUGUAUUAAUAUAGAGCUUUUCUAGCCUUGAUGACCACUCAAAGCGCUUUACGGUGCAGUUUUGCCAUUCGCACACACACACACACACACACACACACACACACACACACACUCAUACUCUGCAUCUAUGUGCAGCGCUUUCUCUUUCAUAUAACAAUCACACACACACACCCACCUCCUGAGCCACAGAUGUCCCUCCUCUCCGUUUUGGUAGAGGGACAGAUGACUCGUGGCAGAUACAUUUUCACAGUAGAAGGAUGGAAGUGCCUAUCACAGCUGUGAUCACCAUCUUUUUACUCAUUGAACUGAUUCGGUCAGGGGAGAGGAUACAAGUCCUCUGUGCUGUGAAGAGGGAAAAUUCUGGUUUAUUGCAACUUGGGUUUUAUGGUUAAUGAUGACAGUGUAGAGUUGAAAGGUGAGAUCGUGGUAACGUUGACAUUACCACAAAACAGUGCAGGUUAGUCCGUUUAACUGAAAGAAAGAAAAAAAAAGGCAAUGAAAGGUCACUUCCUGCUUCUGUUGUAGUCACUGCAGGGAGGGUUUUUUAGCAACAAUCCAGAUAAAUCCUCUUUCAGUUUGACAACAAAUAAAGGGUUCAAAUUAAUCUGGAUAGAGUUCGUUGAACUUUCUUUACCUAUCUGAGCAUUUUUUUAGUGAUGUCACUGGAAUAUCAUAUUCAGACAUGAAUGUGGCGUGUACAGUGUCAGAGAGGUCACGUAGGAUGCAUCCUGUAAUAAACUGUAACCUUCUUUUAAAUAGAUGAUGGUUAUAAUGUCGGGAAUAACAGCAGCCACAUGUAGAUGUAACCAGAAUGUGAUCCAGGCUCUGUGGGCUUUUACACAAUUUAGCCCUGCAUUAAGAUGUGUCAAUGAUCCACAUGAGGUGUUCAGAUCCAGAUCUCAUGUUUACACCAGGUAGAAAUGUGGUCUCACUUAUUUCUCACUAAUCAAGUGAAUUCUGGCCUGAAGUUGUCUGUUGUCUGUUUCCUUUUAGAUCCCAUUCAGACCUGGUAAUAACACCCGUCCUGAAAUAUCCCAUGACAAGUGCACAGCUCUAUGUACGUGUGUGAACACAACCCAAUGUGUCCUCAAUGUGUCCUGAGAUCUGGUCCCUCUGACCACAUUCAAGGUUGUCUGGGACACAUUCCUUUAGCUGUGUAGGUUCAAAUGGGUCCAGGCCACAUUGAAUUGCCGUCUUGUCAUCUGACGUUCUCCGACCCACUACGGUUUCCUAAUGAACCAAAAGUAUUUGUAAGCUUCUCAGUGCCAAUAUGUUGAUUUGUUUGUGGCCAGCUCAAACCAAGAUGUAAAAUAAUGUGUGCAGCGCAUUGAUUCCUUCCUGACUCUCUCCUGCUCUUCACACACUGACACAGAUACAGUGACAAUGGACACGUCUUCAAAAGCGGCAUCAUUCGGUUUUCACAAACAGAAAUUAUGUAAUUGUGUAUUUGCUUAUAGAGCAGGGAGUUCAGAUCUGAUCACAAUUGACAGGACACAUUCAGGACAGAUGUCUAUACCAGGCCUGAACAGGGCCUUUGUCUCUGCUGGCUUAUAUAACGGGACAAAAUGGACAUGAGCUUGUACGGCAGACAUGCACAUGGUUCUGCAAAUGCUUAGUUCAAGCGUGUGUUGUUGGUAGAUUGUGAUGAUGAAAUCAUUGACAUCUAUUAAAACCAUGUGUCUAUGUGGACACAGAUCAUUUAAUCCACUCUCAAGAGGACACAUCCUCUCAGAUGUUCAGCAGGUCCAACCUCUAAUAUAAUUAUCUGGCUCCAGCUUCUCAAGGUGGAAAGCCUUGCCACGCAAAUCAGCAGGCACACUUGAAGAGAGUGACUGCUUUGAAGCUUACAAAGCUGAAAGAUAGUUAAAGGGUCAAGUUGCAGGCAGCGAUUUGCUAGUGACAACGCACCAGAUUUGAUUGCAUCAGAGGAACUUCAUACAUUAUUCCCUGAAAAGUUUGUAUUUCAGAUGUAGGAGGCAUCCAUGCCACAGCCGUGACUAACCCACCUGGCAGACAGCAGCUGCACCGUACAUUUGUUUUGCCGAAAAGAAUUGAAGGAGCCACUGCUUUUUUCCUCUGCUGAUUGUAAAACUCAUGAGUGUCUCUGUAGAAUGGGAUGAAAGUGCAAUAGUUUCUUCUACAAUCCUGAUUCUCUCCUCUUUAGGAAAGUGUCAAUCAUUCCUACCCCUUUAAUUCAUAUUUUUAUAAUGUAAUGUUUUGUUCAGUUCAAAGAAAGGGAAAGAGGACUGAACGUCGUUAUUGUACAUAGAGUUUAGACUCCGUUUAUUGGUCCGAUUUAUUUAUUAGAAAUGACAGGGAUAUUGACUUUUUUCUUACACAGAUGUGAAAGUGCCAAUGAUAAAGGAAUGGCUUUAGAUGUAAAAGCCACAACAUGGACCACGGCUGUUUCCUUAUUUGUAUUUUAAAAGAAUCUCAGGCUUGGGAACAAAAUAGCACUUUGGAAAAUGUGUCAAAUCUGUAUAUGAUUCCAGGGUUCGGUUGCAACAGAAUUAUUGAGCUAAGUACAAACACAAGAACACUUGCGUGCCAUACGGAGAGCCCACGCCAGCAGAGCCAGCCAAUGGCGUCAAACGGCGUCAACAUUAACUGCUGUGCUUGUAGUUGUUACUGGUCCGAUUCUGACAGGUUUUAAAACAGAACUUUGAUUUCUCCCCACAACUUUGUGGGCUGAAUUAGAUGGACUGUGACUCUACUUAGCCUGCUCUGAGCUGCUGAUCCCAGUCCUGGAUUUUUUUGUUGAAGAAUUUCUCAGUCAGUGUGCUGUCUUUCAUUUCAGUUGUUUGUCAUCAUACGCCAAGUUGAUUAAAGAAAUCUAA